CUCCACACACACACACCGCAAUGGCCGAGCCCAGCGCCGCUGUUCGGCGCCGGCCAGCCGCUGCGCAAAAGGACGACGACGACGACGCCGCCGCGCGGGCAGCGGCGCAGCUCGCGGCCGAACAGCCGCGCGAGAGGCUUGUCAAGGACCAUCCCGCAGCGCAGGCACUCGACAUCACCACGCACGCCAUGUCCUUCGCCCGCGACGCCGUGCCCCUGGCAGCCGUCACGCUCGCCGCGGCCGGGCUGCGCUUCUACCUCAUCUCGCAUCCGGCGCAGGUCGUCUUUGAUGAGGUGCACUUCGGCAAGUUUGCCGCUUACUAUCUGCGGCGCGAGUACUACUUCGACGUGCACCCGCCGCUCGCCAAGCUGCUCAACGCCUUUGCCGGCUACGUCGCCGGCUUCAAGGGCGACUUUGACUUUGAGAACAUCGCCGACGACUACGUCGCCAACGGCGUGCCGUACGUCGGCAUGCGUGCCCUGCCCGCGCUGCUGGGCACCGCGGCCGUGCCCGUCGUGUAUGCGAUCAUGCGCGAGACGGGACAUAUGCCGGCUGUCGCGGCGCUUAGUGCGGCGCUGUUGGCUUUCGACAACGCACACAUUGCGCAGGACCGCCUGAUUCUGCUCGAUGCCGCGCUCUGUCUCUUCAUGAUCAACAGUCUCUAUUGCUACAUUCGCUUCUACAAGGAGCGCUACAACGAGUUCUCGCUGCGCUGGUGGGCAUGGAUGCUGGCGACGGGCGUCAAUCUCGCCCUGACGAUGAGCUGCAAGAUGGUCGGCCUGCUCACGUUCAUGGCCAUCGGCUCGGCCGUGGCGAUUGAUCUGUGGAACCUGCUGGACAUCCGGCGCGGUCUGACGCUCCACCACGUCGGCCGGCACUUCUUUGCGCGCGUGCUCGGCCUCAUCAUUGUGCCUGCCAUCGUCUACAUGUUCUGGUUCUGGGUGCACUUCGCCAUCCUGACAAAGUCGGGCACGGGCGAUGCGUUUAUGAGUGCCAACUUCCAGCAGACGCUCGAGGGCAACGCCAUGCUGUCGCAGGCUCGAGAGAUCCACUGGGGCGACAGCAUUACGCUGCAGCACAAGGGCACAAAGGCCUACCUGCACUCGCACCUCGACCGCUAUCCGCUCAAGUACGACGACGGACGCAUCUCGUCGCAGGGCCAGCAGGUGACGGGCUACCCGUUCAACGACACGAACAACGUGUGGAAGAUUGUGCGGCCCGAGGGCGAGCUGCCGCACGAUGCGCCCGAAGAGGAGCGCAUCGUGCGGCACACGAACCAGAUCCGCCUGCUGCACGUCAAUUCGCAGUCGUACCUGCUCGCACACGACGUCGCCUCGCCGCUGAUGGCGACCAACGAAGAGUUCACGGUGCACCCGGCCAACGACUCGAGCCGCUUCAACGACACGGUGUUUGAGUUCAACAUCGACGGCGUGAGUGCGACGUCGCGCAAGGCAUGGAAGAGCAAGGCCGUCCUCUUCCGCCUCAUCCACGUGCCCACGCGCGUCAGCAUGUGGACGCACACCGAGACGCCGCUGCCCGACUGGGGCUACAACCAGCAGGAGAUCAACGGCAACAAGAACGCCAUGGAAAAGACGGCGCUGUGGUUCGUCGAUGACUUGAUGCCCGACGAGGACUCGCCGCUCUACGUCGAGCGCACCGAGCCGCUGCCGCCGCGGCCAAAGACGCGCAUGUCGUUUCUGCGCAAGUUUGCCGAGCUGCAGAUCACCAUGCUGCAGCAGAACUCGCAGCUCACGCAGAGCCAUCCGUACGCCACGGGCCCGCUCAACUGGCCGUUUCUGCUCCAGGGCAUCUCGUUCUGGACCGAGGACGCGACGCUGAAGCAGAUCCACAUGAUCGGCAAUCUCGUCAGCUGGUGGACGUCGAUUCUCUGCGUCUCCGUCUUUGCCGGCAUCAUGGGCGCCGACCUGCUCGCGCGGCGCCGCGGCAUCGAGCCCAUCGACCCGCCGAUGCAUUCGCGCAUGCUCAACUCCGGCGGCUUCUUCUUCUUCGCCUGGGCCUUUCACUACUUUCCCUUCUUCCUCAUGAACCGCCAGCUCUUCCUGCACCACUACCUGCCCGCGCACAUCUGCAGCUGUCUGCUCACCGGCGCCGUCUUCAACUUUGUCGCCUCAGAGACGAUCAACUACCCCGUCUCGCGCCCCGGCCCGCUGCUGCGGCCGCACAAGCUGCGCGCGCGCACGGACAACGAACUGCCGAUGCCGGCACGCGCAGUGGCCGCGCUCACCGUCGCGGCGCUCAUCGGCUGCUUCUGGUUCCUCAGUCCGCUCACGUACGGCGAGCCCGGCCUGGACCCGGAUCAGGUCAACCUGCGCCGCGUGCUCAGCUCCUGGACGCUGCACUUUGCGAAGUAGAUGGCGCCACUGCCGGUGCUCGCGCGGCCGCACGCCAUCAGACAAGCACGGCUCCCUCAGCUUCUGGACACAGUAGCGCAUGGCAAAUCGAUAGGUCUCUUUCCCGGCCC